AGACAACACGUGCACCGGGCCGGAGGUGGAGGACUGUUGGGUGCAGGCGACGGACAAAUUGGCAUAUGACAUAUUUGCCCAAUAUGUUGCCCUCAGUGGAGCCUACACACAUAUUCAGAGCACCCCCACCCCCACAUAGAGUUAGGCCACAGCCUUCAUAAAAUAUGGAAUACAUUCCUUUUCCUCAACGUUUCAUGCACAACACCAUGACAAAAUGAAAAUGACUACCGUAUAUUCCGAUAUUCUAAAAAUAGCUGCAUACCGAUUCUGCUUCUUGAUAAUAUUUCAGGGGCCGUGGAGUGGCAAUAAGGUUAAAAACGGAUAUAUGAAUUGAAAGCCUUUAAUAAAUCAAACACCUUAACUAUCAUACAAAAAUAGUUUCACUCAUAAGGACUGUUAAAUAUCAGUCAUUGUGUACCACAAGGCGCUAUCGUAGGUCCCUUCUUUAUCUUCUGUCUUGCAUUCAUUUGUGAAAUUAUUCUUUUAUCGUCUGGCUUGUAUCAUUUUCUGGCUUGUUAAGGAUCAGACAAAACCAGGCAAAAGUUUCACUUGCAAGGACUGGUAAGGAUCAGUCGUGGUGUACCACAAGGUACUAUCCCAGAUCCCUUCUUUAUCUUCCGUCUUGCAUUCAUUUGUGAAAUUAUUAUAGUUUUGACUCAAAAAAAUCAUUUUUUUUUAGAUUUUAAACAAAGAUUAAACAUUGUCACACUUCACUGUUGAGAAAAAAACAUGCUUAAUCACAAAUUCUCUGAUAAAAUCCAUCGAUCAUUUUCUAUAGUGCUCGUCUUCAAUUGGGUUGUGGGUGAGCUGAUUCUAUCAGAGCUAAAAAAAUAAAAAUAAAAAUCUUGUAUUGUUAAAAUGUCCCUGUUUCAUUCAAAGUUGCUUCCACGAGUAUGUGAUCUCAAGCUAUGAUUCAUGAUUCACCGUAGUACGAACACUAUGUCAAACGUCUGACCCCUUCGUAACCUGCCUCCCUCCCCGCCUCCUUGCUCUUUUGGUCACUAUUAAAGAGUCAGAGAGGGACACUUACACUCGGGAGAAAGGAGCUCCACUUCACUUUCCAGGAUGUCACGAAGCCUCACAUCAGUUUGGAUGCUACUGGUCAGUAUAACGUUGGGCAGCAGACCGGCCAUCGUGGCUGCUGCACCCGUCUGCGGCAACGGCCAGGCCAGGUGCCGCGUCCUCUCGCUGGCCGACCUGUUUGACAGAGUCAUCCAGCACUCGGCCAGGAUGCACGGCAUCUCCAAUGACCUUCACUCCGAGUUUCAGGAGCAGUACUUCCCGCCCAGUCGGAAUCAUGUUGGAAGGACGAGUCGCAACUGUCACACCUCCGACCUCCUCACCCCCAAUGGCAAGGAGAACGCUCAGAGAAUAGCGCGCGAGGAGCUAACCGAGGUGAUCCUGAAGCUCCUCAAGGCGUGGAGAGACCCCCUGUGGCACUUCCACCAGAUCACAGCCCACCAGCAUGACCUGGCCAAUUUCAGCUCAGACAAGGCCCUCGAGAUGAGCGACAUGGUGCAUGAGCUACGCAAAGGUGUGGAAAAAGUAGCCGAAAAGAUGCAGACACUGGGGAUGAUCAGCAACUCCGUCGGCACCCUGGCGGAUUUCCUGCCCUCGGAAAGCGGCGGGUGGCGACUGAUGAAAGGCCACGAGCUCCUCUACUGCUUUCGCCGCGACUCGGACAAGAUCAAGAACUACCUGAAGAUCCUCAAGUGUCGCAUCGUCCCCGAGCACGGCUGCUGAAGGGAAGAAUCACACAUCAAAUAGAGAGGCUGAAGUUCCGAACAGAUGAAAGGUUUUAGUAUGGGGUGCGUAGGCAGCAAUAGUGAAAUCCAAAAGACUUUGACCACAUUUCUUCAUAU